AUGGGGCCUGUCCCAGUUGUGGCAACUUAUGUUCUCCUCUAUCUGACUGAGCUCAGCACUGGCCAGAGAAGAGUAACAGUUCAGAAAGGACCACUGUACCGGGCCAAAGGUUAUCCAGUCAGCAUUGCAUGUAAUGUAACUGGCCACAAAGGACCCUCUGAGCAGACUUUCCAAUGGUCCAUUUACCAACCAGAUAAGCCAGAAAGAGAGAUACAGAUAAUCAGUACCGAGGACCCUACCUUCACUUAUGCCUUCUACAGCCUUCGAGUUCAGACUGGUGACAUCUAUGUGGAAAGGAUCCAAGGAAACUCAGUCUUGCUUCAUAUUGCAAAGCUCCAGCCCCAGGAUGCUGGCAAGUAUGAGUGUCAUACACUCAACACUGAUGGCAAAUUCCUUGGGAGCUACAGUGACACCAUGAACCUAAUAGUGAUUCCAGAUACCCUUUCUGUGGCCAUGAGUCCUCAGACUCUCAACAGAGAGGAAGGAGAAUCAUUAGCACUUACCUGUGAGGUCUCUAAGGCCACAACUCAACAUACCCACCUCUCUGUCUCCUGGUACCGGCUUCCGGAAGGAGGAGGAAACCAAGCCACGGAGAUCAUUUCCCUGUCCAAAGAUUUUAUCCUGAUCCCCGGAUCCUCCUACACAGAGAGGUUUUUAGCAGGGGAUGUGAGGCUAGACAAAACCGGGAAUACAGGCUUCAGAUUGUCCAUAGGGAGAUUGCUGCCUGUGGAUCAGGGCCAACUCUUCUGUGAAGCCACUGAAUGGAUUCAGGACCCUGAUGAGACAUGGACAUUUAUCACUCGGAAACAGACAGACAAAGCUACAGUGAUGGUCCAACCUGAAGAUAGAGAUUUUCAAGUUAACAUUUCUGUGGUAAGUUCCUUUGCCAUGGGACAACCUUUGCGAUUGAUCUGCUCACUGUUGUCCAAGAGCAACCAGAACCAAAGAUUGCAGGUGGUCUGGUACCUGAAUGCUACUGCCAUUGGCAGUAUUGAUGCCAGCGGUGUUCUGGCCUUAAAGAAAGACUAUGAAGAAAGAGCCAACCUUGGGGAGCUCCAGGUGUCAAAGAUCAGCCCAAAGACUUUCACCUUCACCCUCUCUUCCAUGGGUCCCCAAGAUGAAGGUGUAUACAGGUGCGAGGUGGCAGCGAUGGGGAGCUCUCACAUGGACUUUUUAGGGCGAACUCAGACAAAACGAUUUGCAGAUAUCAAUAUACGGCUCAGAAAGCCAACAGCCAAAAAUAUGGAACUAUCUACGGAGAAUGGAAAGAGGUCGAUAUGGGAGGGAGAGGCCCUCAUUUUUCGCUGUAAGGUGAAUGGAGCAGAAAAUCCACUGUCAGUCAUUUGGAGGCAUAUUCCGGUCAACCUACAGCAGCCAGAGCUCAUAGGUAGCCUGGAAAUGGAUGGCAUUGUACACCUGGGCCCUUCCUACAAAGACCGUAGCAAUCAUGGCUGUAUACGAUUGGAGAAAGAGAACAUGACGACAUUCCGCCUGGAGAUCUUCAACACCUUAAUGACAGAUGAAGGGGCUUAUGAAUGCAAAGUGACGGAGUUCCAGAGCAAGAAUGGAGGUCUGAGCUGGACUCAGAAGACUUCAAUAACACUGAAAUCUCUAAAUUCAGGUUUACGUGUGACUCUGCAUAGCCGCCAACCCAACGUCAAAUUAGGUGACACCGUUGACCUGUCCUGCAUCAUCCGUUCUGACUAUUCCUCCCUGAAGGUACCAAUAACUGUAACGUGGCAAUUUCAACCCCAGGGAUCGUUAGAUUAUCAGCAAGUAGUCACAGCCACUCAGAAUGGCACCGUUGAAUGGGGUUACUCUCAAGAGCAGUGGCAAAAGAAAAUCAGGAUUUCACAAUCUUCUUCUCAUUCUCAACUCCUAAUCCAUGAUGCCACAGAAGAAGACAGAGGAAUAUACCAGUGUAAAGUGGAAGCCUACCAGAGAGAGACACAACAUACCUAUGGCCCAACUAGGGUAGCAGCAAUGGUAGUCUCUCACCCACUGGGGAUAAAUAUUACUUUGCCAGAUAGUCGACUGAUGGUGAAAUCAGGCAGUCAAGUCCAAGAGAUCUCCAUCAACAUGGAAGCUGAGAUCAAAUGUAGCAUCAUAUCCCAAACAAAAGGAAAGAUUAAAGUUAGUGUCACUUGGUAUUUCCUCCCCCUUUCUAGUGGAACUUCAUGGUUAAAGAUCCUGAGGACCAACCAAGAUGACAUUGUCCAAUAUGGAGACGAUCUUCACACUCAAAGGAGGAAACAGAAAUUUCACAGUGAGAAGAUUUCAAAGGACCUGUUUCAGCUUCACAUUCUGAAUAUGGAUAACAGUGACCAGGGGACAUAUCACUGCACUGUGGAAGAGUGGUUAUGGACCACAGGUGGCUCUUGGUAUAAGCUUGGCGAAAAAGAAUCAGAAAAGACAGAAUUAAGACUCAAGCCUAUAGGAAGUAAAUUAAAUGUCACGAAAACAAAUUACACUGUGAGGACUCCUGAACACAGAGAUGUUGCCAUCAACUGUAGUCUGGAGAAUCCAGGCAAUUCAGAAUCCCUUUUCUCUGUAGUUUGGUUCUUUAAGGAAGAGCAUUCUGUAGUUACAAUUCUAGCAGAGAUGCAACAUGACAAUAUCCUCAAGUAUGGAAAGGAGGAAUAUGGAGAAAAACUACAUUGCUAUCGCUCAUCUGCUGGAGAUUUUGUCCUGAAACUUCGAAGUGUGGAGAUGGCAGAUAGUGGGACAUACUGGUGCAAUGUGGAGGAAUGGCAACUCCUUGCAAAUCCCAACAAAUGGGUCAGCCGAGCAUCUGAUGAGUCAGGACACACACAGCUCAUGGUGCUUCAUUCAGAGCCCACAUUUUCUUCCAGGAUUUGUUCGUCAUCACUUUUAUUACACUUCCUGGUUAUCUAUCCCUUUAUUAUUUUCAUUCCCCUCCUCAUUUUUACACUCUACUUCUACAGGAAGACCAAGACAUUUUCUCUGCAGAGUUCUAAAGCCCAGAAAGAAAAGGCUCUCUGGGUAGACUUGAAUGGGGCUGAAGGAAACAUCCUGAACUAUAAUGGCUGUAAGAGUGAAGAGAAGCCAGAGGAGGAGGAGGAAAAUGAAAUCAAUUGA